AUGGAGCUUCUUCUUAUCAUUCUUCUGUUUAUUUACUCAACAAUUUUUGUGGUCGGUUUCACAGGAAAUUUGCUGAUGGUUUUGGUAACGCUACAUAGCAAAAAUCUAAGAUCCAUUUGCAAUAUGCUAAUCUGUGUCUGCUGCUUUUGUGAUCUUCUGCUUUUCACCGACAUCAUAGCUUUUGUGGUGUCUAUGUUUAUACCAAUAACGCAAGAGUUCUGCUUCUACAUCAAUAUCCCGGCGGAUUUUGGAGCAUUCGCGUCUAAUGCAUGUGUCUUAGCUGUUGGAAUUGAUAGGCUCAUUGCGGUAGCUGCUCCUACAAGAUACAAAAUGCUAGAACACGAACGCUACAAGUACUUCUUCAUUUUAUUGGCGUUUCCAAUCAUAUACUCCUCUGCGUUGUUAAUCAUGGGAUUUGGGCAACGGGACCCAAAAAGAAAUGUCGUUUGCCUACUCCCGGAAUCAUUGGGUCAUGCCUAUGAUAUGUUUGCUCUCACCUCGUUUGUCAUAAAUCUUUUUGUACCGCCCAUCUACGCAUAUGUGUAUUUUAAGAUCAAAAAUAUGAGAAUGAAUAGCUCAAUGAAAGCAGUCUUCAAAUCAUUAAUGGUCACUGUAUGCCUUGUUGUAUGUGGUUGGAUGACGACUGACUUGAUUGGUGCGCUUACGGUAACACUGCCAAUGGAUAAGGACGUGGCAAGAAUGAUUCAGUUGUACUGCGGAACGUUUAUAUUCACGUCGAGCGCAUUUAAUGCCGUGGUGUAUUACAAAUUGAGUCGAGACUACCGUUCAGCAAUGCGCACAAUGCUUGGUCUCUCGAAUGAAAUAUCCAUAGCAAAAGGAACCACUUAUCAACAAGCUACAGAUGCACAGAGAUCAAGUAUUCAGAGACCAUCUACUAAUACAAACGCGUUGAACACGAUUCAACAAGAACUUCAUAUCUAG